UAAGAAAAUCAAGAUAAAAAAAAUUAAGAGCAAAUAAUAUUUUCCUGAACCAAUUUAUAUGGGUAAUAGAGCCUACACCAAAAUAAUGGAUUAAUAAUAUUGAAGAAACAAAAUGUUUUUAUUUAAAAGAUUAUUUUUAAAAAACGGUUUCACUUUAAUUAAAUAAAGUUCAGCUCAUUAAAUUUAGCUUGCAGUUUAAAUGAAACAUACAAAGUUUGUUAAAAGGACGUUUAUAGUGCAUUUAACUCCACAAAUUCUACAUAAUAUUUGAAUCAGAUUCGUUUUUCAAGAUUACACGCAAUAUUAUUACCCGGUGCAAUAUAACCAGACUUUGCACACCUACAACAUAUGUCCAGGAUAUUUUAAACUUUACAAACUUGUCACAAUGAAUAUCCUCGAGUCAAUAUCAAUUCCGCAUCGCCUAUUCCAACUGUGCAACCUGUCACAAUUAAAGUUAGAAAAAAAGACAUGGUCAACAGCAAAGAGCCGAUUCUUGGAAAUAUACUCAUACAUCGUAGUGCUAUGCUCAACAGCUUUAUUACUUUAUGGUAUAUUUGUUCCAACUAAAGUUGCAAAUAAAUUGUCAAGUGACAUAGGAAAAACUAUGGAUUUUAUACAAUUGGUAAGCAUUCGAAUAGCCCACAUUGCGUGUGUCAUUGAAACACUAUGCCGUCGCAACGAACAGCAGAUGCUUCUCAAAAGGAUUCAAGAAAUCGAUAGAUUAUUUGAAAUAUCACUAAACAUUGAUGUUGACAAUCGAAAAUUUCGAUCAAAAAAUUUAAAAUCUGGACUUGCAAUGAUAACUUUAUAUUUAUCUUGUGAAAUAUGUAUAAUAUUAGUGACAGUCUAUGGACCAUCUCCAGACCUCGUCAGUUUUUGGAUACUUUACUUUGUGCCUUUUAUAAUUUGUGGCAUACGAUACUUUCAAUAUUUUAUAUUCAUUGCUAUUAUAAAGCAACGUUUUAGAAAACUUAUUGAUGUCCUUGCAAAUGUAAGUUUGCUUAAUGCAAACAAACUAUCAGAGAAAGAAAAACUAUACAACGGAAAAGUUCCAGCCACAGUAAAAUUGGUGAAAAAUUUGAACAAGUUUAAUAAAAAUCUAUAUCGUAAUGGCUUUGAUUUGACAAAUCUACUUGUAAUUCGAGAUAUUUAUAAUCGUUUAUGGGAACUAUCAAUUUUAGUAAACAAAUGUUUUGGACUAUCGAUUUUAGUGAUUGUUGGUAUGGAUUUCUUGGCUAUUACUUCGAACUUAUAUUGGAUAUUUUUGAACUUGAACAAGUAUUCAACAGUGUAUGAGGGAUUUGUUCGUGUGAUUGCAAGUGCAAUAUGGUCACUAUCACAUGUGUUUAAUAUAUUGACAAUUGCAUUAAUGUGUCAUAAAACAGUUGAGAGUACCUCUGAAAUAGCAUUAGGUGUUCAUAGGAUUCAAAUCGAUUUAUAUAACGACAAUCAUAAUUCAUUGAUCGAACAGUUUUCUCUACAAUUAAUUCAUCAAAAACUACAUUUUACAGCAUUUGGAUUUUUCACGAUUGAUUGCAGUUUACUUUACACCAUUGUUGGAGCUACUACAACUUAUUUGAUUAUAUUGAUUCAAUUUCAUAUGAGUGAACAGAAGGAAAUAACAGCCAAAACUUCACCACCAGCAACUGAUCAUUAAAUUCAAAAACUAACUUGAAUUCAAAAACUUUUCUUAAUU